AUGUCAAGCUCGAGUUCAGGUGUAUUCAGAGCACGGGUGGGUGGCCCGAGUGCUACAUCCGACGCAACCCGGUGGACAGUGUCGGGCGAACGGGGCGCCCCUGGCCACAAGCAAUCAUCCGCACCUUCUCGUUCGUUCCUGCCCGUCCCGUCCGCCACACUCUCCGCCGACCUCCUCGCGCUCGCCUUCCAAAUCGACUCUAUCUUGAACUUCAGCCAUCUCGCGGCGCGUCGACAGUUCCGCGUCACCCUGUAUCGCCGCGCAUCCGCCUCGCGCGGAUCCUCGCCUCCUGACAGGCCACCCGCGAUAAGAGCUGUCACGAGCCCGCCUUCACGCGCCGGCCCUCAGCUCCAUUAUCGCAUCGGGCUCGGCGUGGAGGCGAGGACGUCCACGGGUCGUUCCAGUCAGAAGUUCUUGUUCGAACCACGCGGCCGCCCCGCAGAGUCUCCAGGCACGCGUACGCCCCGCGAACCCACAAAACCCGCGCGCGGGCGGAUUGCCCGUGCAUUGCACCGUGACUUCUCCCGCUGUGCAUUGACCUGCGCCGACCGUCCGCCCGCGAUGCGCUCCACCCUCGCCCUCGCCCUCCUCGCGUGCGCCGCCGCCCUCGUCUCCGCCGCACCCGCACCCGCGCCUGCACCCAUCGCCGGCCCCGCCCCCGCCCCCGCACCCGCCAUCAUCGACCGGGGCGACGGCGACCCCGGCUCGUUCUAGCCUCCGCCGUGGACUCGGGCGUCGAGGGGGGGCGGGAGUCGAGCGCUGAAGUCUUGACGUCGAGAGGCGCUGUUCGUGCGGCGCGUAAUGUGCAGUGUGAGGGCCGCGCCCGCGCCCGUCGGUGCCUGAUCGGCUGCAAGCUCAGGCUCAGGCUCGACGUCUUCUUCUCUCGACUCGGACUCGGACUCGGACUCGGACUCGGACUCGG